UCACUGGAUUUUCGUCCCGCGCUCCCGAGCCACUCCAUCCGGGGGUUUCAUUUGUCUCUUUAGUUGUGAUUCGUCUAUUUACUCGGGAAACAAAUAUUGGACAAUGGAAUAUUUAAGAGAGCUUUGGGAGAGAGGACUGCCUUGACAGACAGACUGCUUAUUUUGCCGAGCUUAUCAGCCAACGUGUCUCCAUAUGGCAUUUUUUCUCAAUGUUACAGAGGAUUCAGGGUGAGAAGCCCCGAGCAAGGCUUCCUGUUACCCGCCAAAGAAUGUUGGCAUAAACAUGAAGAUUUAAGCUGCUAUUUCAACUCAAGUGAAACUGUGCACACACUAACUGGCACCAGAAGGGACCGUUCCAUAAUUACAUAAAUUAGAUUGAGUGUGCCCGAUGGAUAUUUGAAUCUCUGUCACUUUGCUCUAAAUAGCCAUGGCAGAGAGGACCUUUAAACAGUUCAAACUAAUUUGGCGCGAACUGUGAGAUUUUUGGCCAGUGGCCUGGACAGUGUGAGGUAAUGGUAUUUGCUCCAGGAUAUAACUAUUGGCAAAGCAUAUUGCUAUGCAAGCAUUAAAUAGCAUUUAAUAUUUGUUCUUACAAUGCAUCAGUUUACACUUGUUUACCAAUGUAGAGAGUCACUUGUAUGCCAGCCUACUCUCUCAAAGUCAACUGAAUAUAUUUAUUGCUGGACCAAAGGUUCUCAUAAAUAAACUCAGCCUAAUAAGUUCCUGUCUAUCUGCACAUAUUUUGCGAUCACAUGAUGGUUUUACAAAAGCCACAUAGUGCCCAUAUCAUAUGGGCUGGGCUGCUCAUUUUGUGCUUUGCAGAAAUAGGCACUUCUCUAGAAUUUACAGAUGCUGAAGGCCAGUGGGCCAGAUUUCCAGUAUGGAAUGCAUGUUGCGAAAGCGAAAUGAGCUUCAAUAUGAAGACAAAGAGUUCCCAUGGGCUGCUUGUGUACUUCGACGAUGAGGGGUUCUGCGACUUUUUAGAACUUCUCAUACUGAACGGUAAACUCAGCCUUCGUUUUUCAAUCUUCUGUGCCGAGCCUGCAACCGUCGUAUCUGACACGGCGGUCAAUGACAGCCAAUGGCACGCAGUCACGAUAAGGAGAAACUUUAAGAACACGACCCUAAAGGUAGACAAUGAGACAAAAUGGGUCGAGGUGAAGUCCAAAAGACGGGAUAUGACUGUUUUCAGCCAUUUGUUUGUUGGUGGAAUACCACCGGAAUUACGAUCCGAGGCGUUACGGCUCACAUCAUCUACAGUCAAGGAUCAGCUACCUUUCACUGGUUGGAUAACAGACAUAAAGGUCAACAACACGGAGUCUGUCAUGAUUAACAGUGACGGGGUCUUGAAGGACCUCUGUGGACUGGCCAACAUUUGCUUAAAUGGAGGAAUCUGCAGUCUAAUUAACAACGAACCAACAUGUGACUGCUCACGGACGGGGUUCCAAGGAAAGGACUGCAGUGAAGUGCUUCCAGAAGACACCAAUAAUGAAGGUCUGGCACAUCUGAUGAUGGGCGACCAAGGUAAAAGUAAAGGAAAAGAAGAGCAUGUCGCCACCUUCAAAGGAUCUGAGUUCUUCUGCUACGACUUGUCCUUGAACCCGAUUCAAAGCAGCAGUGAUGAAAUCACGUUGUCAUUCAGAACCCUGCAGAGGAAUGGACUGAUGCUGCACACGGGCAAAUCAGCUGAUUACGUCAACCUGGCCCUGAAAAAUGGGGCUGUCUCACUCGUCAUUAAUUUGGGGUCUGGAGCCUUUGAAGCUCUUGUGGAGCCAGUCAAUGGGAAAUUUAAUGACAAUGAUUGGCAUGAUGUCAAAGUAACAAGGAAUCUACGUCAGCACUCAGGCAUUGGACACGCUAUGGUGACAAUAUCCGUGGAUGGGAUUCUGACCACCACGGGAUAUACACAGGAAGACUACACCAUGCUAGGCUCUGACGACUUCUUCUAUGUUGGAGGGAGUCCUAGCACAGCUGACCUGCCUGGAUCUCCAGUCAGCAACAACUUCAUGGGAUGCCUCAAGGAGGUUGUGUACAAAAACAAUGAUGUGAGGCUUGAGCUGUCCAGGAUGGCGAAGCAGGGUGAUCCCAAGAUGAAGGUCCAUGGUACUGUGGCGUUCAAGUGCGAGAAUGUGGCCACUCUGGACCCCAUCACAUUCGAGACGCCAGAGUCCUUUAUUGUCCUCAAUAAGUGGAACGCUAAAAAGACGGGCUCCAUCUCCUUCGACUUCCGCACCACAGAGCCCAACGGCCUUCUCCUCUUCAGCCACGGCAAGCCCAAACAGCCGCCGAAGGAUUCCAAGAAUCCCCAGAUUCUCAAGGUGGACUUCUUCGCCAUUGAGAUGCUGGAUGGCCACCUGUACCUGCUGCUGGACAUGGGCUCAGGGACCACCAAGACAAGGGCAGUCAAUAAAAAGGUCAAUGACGGCGAGUGGUACCAUGUGGACUUCCAGCGAGAUGGCAGAUCAGGUACCAUUUCUAUCAACACCCUCCGUACUGCCUACACAGCCCCUGGAGAAAGUGAGAUCCUGGACUUGGAUGAGAAUCUCUACCUCGGGGGUCUGCCAGAGAACAAAAUGGGGCUGGUGUUCCCCACUGAGGUGUGGACAGCACUACUGAACUACGGCUACGUGGGCUGCAUCCGGGAUCUAUUCAUUGACGGACAGAGUAAGGAUAUCCGGCGCCUGGCCGAGGUCCAGAAGGCAGCCGGGGUCAAGCCCUCCUGCUCCAAGGAGCCUCCCAAACAGUGUUUGAGCAACCCUUGCCAAAACAAUGGGGUCUGUAGAGAGGGCUGGAACCGCUAUGUGUGCGACUGCUCUGGGACUGGAUACCUGGGACGCUCCUGUGAAAGAGAGGCGACCAUCCUCAGCUACGACGGCAGCAAGUUUAUGAAGGUCCAGCUGCCAGUGGUGAUGCACACAGAAGCCGAGGACGUGUCUCUGCGCUUCCGAUCCCAGCGAGCCUAUGGCAUCCUAAUAGCCACCACAUCUCGGGACUCUGCUGACACCCUGCGUCUGGAGCUGGAGAGCGGCCGGGUCCGCCUGACUGUCAACUUAGAUUGUAUCAGGAUUAACUGUACCUCCAGCAAAGGCCCAGAGACUAUUUUUGCGGGUCAGAAUGUGAACGAUAAUGAGUGGCACACAGUGCGUGUGUUCAGGAGGGGCAAGAGUUUGAAACUGACCGUAGAUGAUCUGCAGCCUGUGGAAGGUCAAAUGGCAGGCGACCACACCCAGCUGGAGUUCCACAACAUUGAGACGGGCAUUGUGACAGAGAAGCGCUUCAUGUCCAUGGUGCCGUCCAACUUCAUUGGCCACCUCCAGAGCCUCUCCUUUAACGGCAUGGCCUACAUAGACCUCUGUAAAAACGGUGACAUUGAUUACUGUGAGCUCAACGCCAUGAUUGGCUUCAAGAACAUCAUCGCCGACCCCGUGACCUUCAAGUCGCGCUCAAGCUACGUGACCCUCACCACUCUGCAGGCCUACUACUCCAUGCACCUUUUCUUUCAGUUCAAAACCACCUCCUCCGACGGCCUCGUCCUGUUUAACAGCGGCGACGGAAACGACUUCAUCGUGGUGGAGCUGGUCAAAGGUUACCUGCACUAUGUGUCUGACCUGGGAAAUGGAGCCCACUUGAUCAAAGGCAACUCCAACAAGCCCCUCAACGACAACCACUGGCACAAUGUCAUCAUCUCCAGGGACACCAACAACCUCCACAUGGUCAAGAUUGAUACCAAGAUCACCACGCAGACAACCUCAGGAGCCAAAAAUCUGGACCUGAAGGGUAACCUUUAUAUUGGCGGGGUGGCUAAGGAGAUGUACAAGGAGCUGCCCAAACUGGUGCACGCCAAGGAGGGUUUCCAAGGCUGUCUGGCGUCGGUGGAUCUGAACGGGCGGCUCCCGGACCUGAUGUCAGACGCUCUGGACUGCGUGGGUCAGAUAGAGAGAGGAUGUGAAGGGCCCAGCACUACGUGCCAGGAGGACUCGUGUGCCAACCAGGGAGUGUGUCUGCAGCAGUGGGAGGGCUUCAGCUGUGACUGCAGCAUGACAACAUUCGGAGGGCCGCUGUGUAAUGAUGCGGGAACAACGUACAUAUUUGGGCGAGAUGGCGGACUGAUCACGUACACGUGGCCGCCAAAUGAUCGUCCCAGCACAAGGGCAGACCGUCUGGCCAUCGGCUUCAGCACACAGCUGAAGGAUGCUGUCCUGGUGAGGGUGGACAGCUCCUCUGGUCUCGGAGACUUCCUCAAACUCCACAUCGGUAAAGGAAACACUGCUGUAAGAGUCAUCCGCGUGGCCUUAAUGAAAAUGCAACACUUAGCACAGUGCGUGAUUGGGCUCAGGCACCAAGACCCCAUUGAUGCAGCAAUGUAUUUCAUGCCCUCACCACUCUACUGCCUCUCUUUUCAGACAACCGACGACUUGCUGGUGGCAUCCGCCGAGUGUCCAAGCGAUGAUGAGGACAUUGAUCCCUGUGAGCCGAGCUCAGGUGGGUUAGCCAAUCCCACCGGCCCUGGGCUGAAGGGCUACCCCGGCACGCAGGAGGUCUUCCGGGAGUCCAGCAGCACGACGGGCAUGGUGGUGGGCAUCGUAGCAGCAGCAGCGCUAUGCAUCCUCAUCCUGCUCUACGCCAUGUACAAAUACCGGAACAGAGACGAAGGUUCGUACCACGUGGACGAGAGUCGCAACUACAUCAGCAACUCGGCGCAGUCCAACGGCACCGUGGUCAAAGAGAAACCAGUGAACACCGCAAAAACCUCAAACAAGAGUAAGAAGAAUAAGGACAAGGAGUACUACGUGUGAUUGUCAAAGCUUUGGUCUCUGACGGACCAACUUAAACAUUUAAAGAAAAGACAAAUCAGGACAUCAACAUGUGUACAGUAUAAUAACAAAGAUGAACAUUAUUUAGUCAUUUUUUUUCCUAUAAGACAAUGCUCUGAAAAAGUAUGAAAAAAAAAAACAUUCUUUAGACACAAGCACUCGAGAGAGAAAAGAUUUACUGUCCAGAGAGAGACUGAUGGAAAAAUGUCUCUGGCGACCAGUUGAAACUGAACUGAAUACAUAUCUAACACGACAACAAAACAACAUUAACCCAUCUGUGUUCCUUGGCCAGGACGGUGAUCCAACUCCCUUGUUUCUGGUAAACAGAGGAGCUGAUGCACUUUGCAAAGGCAGAUUCAUCGCGACAAACUCAAUGUUUUCAUCUACAUUGCCUGUGUUUGUGUUAUUGAGACUUUUUUCUAGAGAAAAUGACACAAAGCUUAUACUACAUACAUAAGUACGCCAAACAUUUACUGUGGAUGAAGAGAAGAAAAAAAAAACAGGUAACAGUGAUAUCAGAGAGACAAAACAUCCACACAUGACAUGCGGGGAUUCAGCCAAAGCACUCACUGAAGAGGCAGUGAAGGCCGGCUAAGACUAAUACCUGGAUGACGGAGCUGCCGCAGUGCGAAGCUGAGAAUGGAGGACAGUUUCUCCUGAAAGACUAUGUUUGAAAAGAAGAAUAUUUUCAUUGUGCCAGUGAAAAAUCAAAGGAGAGAGUUUCCCCAGAAUCAGGGGGAUGUCUCUAAAGUGAUGAUUUGGGAGCCAUGCACGCAAAACUAUCUUAUUACAGUACAUAUGUUUAUAUACAGUACAACACAUCUAUAUGUGCUUUCUGGACUGUGACAAAGUGGUGUUUUAUAGCCUGUUGUAUAGAUGAUGCAAACUAUAACUGCUCCUCAACCAUUUUGGAAUAAAAGGAAAAAAAAGCACAAAAAUAAGACAUAAGUGUUAUUAAGUGUUGCUAGACAUAGAAGAUUUUAUUAAGACAUCUGCAUUUAUUUUCCGUUUGAAAAUGAUUUGAUUCUGCCCUGUUUUUACAUGUGUUCCUAUAUAGUUUUAUACAAAUGCCAACCUGAGAUAGAUGAUCCCAGACCAGUAGUAGCCUAACCGUUCCCAAAAACUGCACAAGGCGUGGAUAUGCGGAGAGGCGUGGCAUGACAACUUGUGUGGCUCUCUUUAAGGAAAUCGGUAGAAUCACUGCCUUCCUCCUCAAUCCUGACUUAAAGAAGCAAGAAUGAAGAGCAAGCAUUUGAGUGGAGAUGAUGACAAUGAUUGAAAUAAAUUAACUUGCUGUGUGUGUUUCCAAGUGGUAUUAUAAGAUUGUCUAAUGUGUGCUUGGGCUGAUGCAAAACCAGAGGAGAAUAGCUCAAAAAGAAGUCUCCAUUUCAACUGUUCUGUGUUUGUUCUGUCAUUCUGUCAGUCGAUUCUGCUUUCCGGAGACCUGUACUUGGAAUGAGUUUGAGGAAAAGUGACCAUGAACUAUAAAUGAUGAUUAUAAA